AUGCGCUUCAACAACGUAGCUGGACUUGCCCUGGGGCUCGCCAUUCCCACUGGCGCCCUGUCUGUCCCUCGAAAUGCAGCCCCUGAGCCUGCUGGCAAAAUCGUUGCGCAGUUGUUCUGCGACAUUGUCGGUGGUCUGGUCACUCGGGGCGCCUAUGUCCCCCCAAAGAAGCCUUCAUGCUUCAACAACUACAUCGAAGGCCAAGCCCUCUCCUCAGCAUGCAAAUGUCUUGCGGUGCCUACCUCUAGCACGACUACCACGACGACUUUGAGCGUUCCCACCACCAUCACGACUUCAGUCACAGUACCCCUGACCAUCCUCGCAACCGCAACCAACACCGACACCGCGACCGUCACAAACACCAUCACAAAUACCGCGACCGAGACCUCCACAGUCACGGAGCGUACAACCAUCAUCACAGGCACCCAACAAGUCAUCGCGAUCCCCACCUUCACCGUCUACGCCAUCGGCGGCGACAACAGCGGAAACCCCAUCGCAGACGCCAGCCGCAACGUCCCCAACACCGUCGGCAACUCACAAGGCCUGAGCCCCGUUCUCCAGUUCACCACCGUCGACAACAACAAGCUGCAGGUCCUGAACGGGCCGUACGCCGGCUCCAUCGGCAAGACCAAUCCCAAUGUAGGCGCGAGCGAAGCGUACGUCUUAUUUGGACGAAACGAUGCUGGGCUGCAGGAAACGGUUUGCCAGGUUACCUACAAUGCUGCUGAUGGGACGUGUCCGUUGUCUUGUGUUGCUGCGAGGGGAACGACGAGUUAUGAUUGUGGUGUUUAUUGGAGGAUUGCUGGGGAUGCUGAUGUGGGUGGCUGCUACAAGUUCACGCCUUAUGCUGUUGGUGGGCCUUAG